AUGCAGCUUCAUUGGAGCCUCAUUGGCGGGCUGCGUAGACUCUCCACCAGCUGCGGCGAGGACAGCGAGGCUGGCGGGCUGCGGAGGAGGGAUGGGUGGCGCCGUUGUGCGUACGAGCGUGAGAACCACCCAGCCCAACACCGCGUUGGCGACAACAGAGAUCAGAAGGGCGACGACAGAGAUCAGAAGGGCCGGGCCAUGUGA